AUGAUUUCGAAAAUUAUCAUUCAUUUAGCGGUAAGUUUGGUCGCGUCGUACUUUGCCGCACUGUGCGCCGCGGCUACGAUAAAUCGCCCGUCGACGUUCGCCUUUCCACGACACCUCGUAGGCUUGAACGAGUCCAUCGAAGAGGAGCUGCGAGCCUACCAGCAAAAGUACAGGCCCGUCGAUUUGGGUAUAGAUUUGCUCGACGACGACGCGCCGAUGUUUAUCAGGCGGGCAAUGGCGAACGCCACCCUGUCCGACGACCCGUACGCCAAUCAGCUGACUCAUCCCAAUGGCAUCCUCAGGCUCCGCAAAGCGAUCGCCGAGAUGUACUCGCCUCUGGUCGGCCGCCGACUCGAGCCGGAAGACCACGUUGUGGUGACGCAGGGGGCAACGGAAGCCGUUUACGCGGCGUUCACGGGGCACACUUCACCGGGCGACGAGUGGAUCGUCAUCGAACCGGCUUACCUCAUGUACGUGCCGAUGAUUAAAAUCUCCAAAGGUGUGCCCAGAUACACCAGUUUGAAAUUGAUGAAGGCAAAUGGAACGAUCAACGGAGACGAUUGGGUGCUGAAUAAGGCAGAAAUGGAAAGUUUAUUCAAUGAGAAAACCAAGGGAAUACUGUUGAACAACCCACUGAAUCCCAUCGGCAAAGUUUACAAGCGCGAGGAGCUUGAAUUCAUCGCUGGUCUGGCGAUAAAAUACAACGCGAUCGUCAUCUGUGACGAAGCACACGAGUGGAUAACUCACAAGCCUCACGUUAGAAUCGCCUCUUUGCCGGGAAUGUUCGAGAGGACCAUCACCAUUGGCACGUCGAGCAAGACUUUCAGCGUAGCCGGUUUCAGAAUUGGUUGGGCGUAUGGUCACGCAAACGUUUUGAAUCACCUGAAAACUGCUCACGAAGUAGCCGUUUAUUCCUCUCCCGCACCGCAACAGGUAGCCGUGGCCUACGCCUUCGAGCGAGAACUGUGCAAUUUCGGCGCUCCGGAUUCCUACUUGAUAUCCCACCUGCGGACCGUCAAGCAACAGCGCGACGCAAUGAUCGAGGCGCUGGCCGGAACGGGCAUAACACCUGUUAUCGCCGACGGCGGUUUCUGCAUGCUAGCUAACUGGUCUGCACUUGGAGCCAAAAUCACCAACGUUUACGGAUCCAUGCAGUUUAUUAUAUGGAUGAUCAAAAAUGUCGGGGUGCUGGGCCUUCCUUUGCCGGCCUUUUACGGCCCCGAGCACAAGCACAUUGGCGAAGACUUCGUGCGGUUUUGCUUUCACAAGGUUGGCGAGAUCAUCCGGAUGCUCCUCUGA